AUGCCUUCAGCCAUUGUGAUCAGACAGGUCGAAGGCAAGCCAGGACAAGUCUAUUACCCUCUCGAGAAGAUAACUGUUCCCGAGCCAAAGCCAAAAGACAACGAUGCCGUCAUAACCAUCACAGGCGCCGCGUUGAACCAUCGCGACCUAUUCAUCCGCCAGCACCUCUACCCCGGCACAACCUUCGGCGUCCCCCUUCUCGCAGACGGUGUCGGCAUCGUUAGCUCGACCGGCACGUCAUCCUCCGCGAAAUCAUGGCUGAACAAGCGCGUGCUCCUGAACCCCGGCAUAGGCUGGAAGGACAGCCUCGAGGGCCCAGAACAUCCAAAGGGAUAUGCGAUAAUGGGUGGCACCAAGAGCAACCCUGCAGGUACAUUACAAGACGUGUGUGUGCUAGACGCAGGCGAACUAGAAGAGUGUCCCGAGCACCUCAGUGACGAGGAGGCCGCAGCGCUUCCUCUGACUGGUCUCACAGCCUGGCGCGCAUUCUGGGUCAAGAGCGGAAAUGCAGUUGCAGGGCGAAAUAUCCUGGUUACAGGCAUUGGAGGCGGUGUCGCGCUCAUGGUUCUGCUAUUCGCCGUGGCACAGGGCUGCAACGUGUACGUGACCAGCGGAAACCAGGAGAAGAUUGACAAGGCGGUCAAGCUGGGUGCCAAGGGUGGUGUAAUCUACAAGGAGAAGGACUGGGACAAGAAACUGCAGGCUAUGCUGCCCAAGGACCGACAAUAUCUCGAUGCCAUUGUCGAUGGCGCGGGAGGCGACGUGGUCAAAGUGGGUAGUAAAAUACUCAAGGUUGGCGGCAUCAUCUCUAUUUACGGCAUGACCGUCUCCCCCAAGAUGGAUUUCCUCAUGUCCGCUGUGUUGCGCAACAUCGAAGUCCGUGGCUCUACCAUGGGCUCACGGAAAGAAUUCGCCGAUAUGGUACAGUUCGUGAAGGAGAAGAAGAUGAGGCCUGUUGUCAGCCGAAGUGUGCAGGGUCUGGAUAUUGACAAGAUUGAGACGCUGUUUGAUGAUAUGAAGAGCGCUAGUCAAUUUGGCAAGUUGGUAGUUGUCCUGGGGCAGGGAAAGCAGAGCAAGCUAUGA